CAUCCGCCCCUCUCUGCGCUACCAUCCUCAGAAGCCGUUGACGGCUCUAAUAGUGACGGAUCGACCCCCCGCAAUAUUAUUUUAUUUUUCCUUUUUCAUUUGUUUUGUGGAAAAAAGAAAAAGGAGUACAAGUAAGCCUCACUGCACACAUCCGUCCUCAGCAACCCCCCUCAGAUCUCUUCAACUCAUAAUCUUGUUUUGAGCUUUUGUAAGAGGUUGUGCUAACGAUAGCUAGUGCACGAUUAUUGCUAAUAACUCCACGAUACAACCUCGAGACAAGUCGGGACAAGACCAGUCUCAGGACUCACCAUACUCAAUGAGCGUACAGCGCAAUGUCAGAGCGCUCUGGGCAAACGGCAAAGGGGAAGGAUGGCAAAACCAAGUAUGCGUCUCUCAACCUGUUUGAUACCUACAAAGGAAAGAGCCUUGAAGCACAGAAGCCAGUUGUUGCCCCUCGUCAUGGCUUACAGUCUCUUGGUAAAGUUGCCUCUGCACGGCGCAUGCCCCCCCCUGCCAACUUGCCUAGUUUGAAGGCGGAGAACAAAGGUAACGACCCCAACGUCUCGCUCGUUCCCAAAGACGGCACAGGAUGGGCAAGCAAGCAGGAACAAGCAGACCCAAAGAGUACCGAUGUAUUGUCAACAGCGCAGCCGGAGUCGCAGCAGCCUGUGGCCUCACAGAUGUCUGUGCCGAGCGUGCCGAGAACACCUCCAGCUCAAGAGGCCCCUACUCAAGCUCUAGCCGUAGGACCAAGGUCCUGGGCACCGGCCAGUGUUACACAUGGAGUACAAGGAGAUGGUGGAAAGGGAUCAAACCAACCGUCGCCAUUCUCUCGCGAGGAAUUUCCCACCCUGCAGGCGGCUGGAGACCAGGACAGAGCUGGCAAAGAACAGGCCACUGCAGAUCAGUGGUAUGGGCCAGGACCAAGCCUCCGCCCCCAGAACGUUACGAGUUGGCGGGAUGGUGGGGGCCGGGCAUUGGCACCCACCCUGGCUGGGGAGGCAGUUGCGGAGGGCGGUGCUGGGGGAAACAUGGUGAUGGAGGGUGCUGCUGGGGCCCCUCCCAUCCCACAGCAGAAUGCAUCCUCUCAUGGGCCGCCUAGAGCUCCCUCAACCAGCAACCCCGCGCUUCCCCUCCCCCAGCCACCUAUUGGCCCGCAGUUCCAGGCUUACAGAGGGAUCAUGCCUCCCUUCAUGUAUCCACCAUACUUGCCCUUUCCACCCUAUGGUCCACAGGGACCUUACAGGUACCCACCCCCAAAUGAGGCCCCUAGGUUUUCUCGUUCCCAGGGUGGAGUAGGGCCAGAUGGGCGGCCACCUGGAGGCCCCCGGGGUGAAGUGGUAAAACGUCCAUCCAUCCUCAAACAGGAUGACCUGAAGGAGCUGGAUGAGCUGGACCAUGAUGGAGAUGAGGGCUGGGCUGGAGCACAGGAGGAAAUUGACUACUCCGCAAAGUUGAAGUUCAGCGAUGAUGAAGGAGAGGAUGAUGGGGAAGAAGAACGGACUGAAAACAAAAAUGGAACCCGAGAGUCAAGGGAGCAGCAGAGAUCCCAAGAUGGACCUGCACCUGUUUCACGUUCCCGGGCAUCCGACAGUGGAGGGGAUUCGCGCCGCACCCCUCCUUCCAGUGCUGAAGAUGGCUCCGCAUCCCCCUCCAGCAAGCCAGGCUGGGCCGAGGAGAGUGGAAGCAGCUGGAGCAGCCAAGCAAAUGCAGGACCUUAUCAGGGGCGUAGGCCUGGAUUAGGUGGCCCAAGGGAGCAGCCCUCCCCCCCACCAGGUCCACUUCUUGGACAAGGGCCCAACUCCUACUACCGCCAGGACCGGCCAUUGAACCAGUCGCCAAUUUCCGGCCCCAUCCUGGCCCCCCAGAAGCCCAGUGGUGCCCAGGCACAGCAGCAGGCGGGGCCAUUGCCUGGUGGGCCGACCCCUCCUCCCUCCGGCACCCUGCACCCCCAGCAACAGGGUGAGGAUGAGGAUGAGACAUGGCGGCAACGAAGGAAGCAGUCGUCAACAGAGAUCUCCGCUGCAGUAGAGCGUGCUCGUCGUCGACGUGAAGAGGAGGAACGGAGGAUGCAGGAGGAGCGCCGUGCUGCCUGUGCAGAGAAGCUCAAAAGACUUGAUGAAAAACAACAGCAGCAACAGACUAUGAAACCCAGCAGCCCCAGUGAUGCUCCAGCCAACAGCCCUAGUCCUUCCUUAUCCGCAUCUGCCUCAUCUCCUAAUAUCAGUCAGCCACCGUCACCCUGUGUGGACAUUGAAGAACCUCCUCUAUCACCCGCUCAUGGGAGCAGUGCAACAUUAGGGUUGAAUAUUAAUAACAGACAGAGGGCUGGCAGCAACAGCAGCCAUGACUCCAACACUGAGUCCCAGCAGGCUCUGCAGCCUCAAGCUAUCCAGCAUCCACAAUCCUUGGAUGUCCCAGUGCCUGGAGAUGCCAAGGAGGAACCUGUGGUGGGCGUGCCACACAUCCGUGGCACUAGAGGUGGAGAUGACUCCGUGAAGUUGGUUGAAAGUGUUGGUGGAACAGGACGGCAGGGAAGUGGUCCACCUGGGCAGGGGUUUUCCAAGUAUCAAAAAUCGCUUCCUCCUCGUUUUCAGAGGCAACAACAGGAGCAACUUCUCAAACAGCAGCAGCAGCAGCAGCAGCAGCAUCAGUGGCAGCAGCAGCAACAUAACCAGGUUGCCCAAAAUCAGCUCCAAUCCCAGCCUCAGAAUCAGCAGGGCCCCUCUCCAGGUACCACACCACAGUCUGGGCUUAAACAGCCAACCCUUUACCCCUCUGGCUCAAUGGGACGCCCUCCACCUCUGCCUAUGAACUUUGAUCCCCGCUGGAUGAUAAUGCCCUACAUGGACCCCCGAAUAAUGCAGGGACGUCCCCCACCCAUGGACUACUACCCUCCCAGCAUGCAUCCUUCUGGGUUGAUAAGUCGAGAACGUUCUGAUUCAGGUGGCUCUGGGUCAGAUCCGUUUGAUAGACAGCAGCAUGGUGGACCCCCUCAUCCUCAUCGUGGCACACCUCCCAUGGAUCCCAAACUGGCUUGGGGACCAGAUGUUUUUCCAGGGGGUACUGAGGGUCGAGGUCUAACCUCCCCCUUACGGCAGAAAACUGUCGAGGAAGAGGAGGCUGGCAAAGGUCAAAGAAGUGACACUCCUCCAGUGCGUUUGCGAGAGGGAGGUACGGCUCCCAUUCAGCCGCCUGGUGUGGCUCCUAGCUCUCCAUCUGGCUCAUCCAACCAAACACCACCACCUCUGGGGAUUCAAGUUGGGGGCCAGGGUGGUAGCCACCAUGCCCAUCAUCAGCCCUUUAUGGGUGGGCGAGGAGGUUACAGUAGCUACCCUGACAAUGGUUCCAGAAUGGGCCCCCACCUGCAGCAAAGGGCCAGCAGUGGAGGGACACUGCAUGGUUUUGGACAUCAAGAGAGUAGUCAACAGAGCCAAAUCUGGGGGACUCCUCAUCCCCAUUAUGACCGUAAUGGGCGUUCUGAUCACUCUGCCUUGGAGGCCAAUUCGCAUCUCCAACACCAUGGUCCUCCCACUCACCCUCCUCAUUUCACUCUUCAUCCUCAUAAGCAAGAGAAUGGCAGGGAGCGAGAAAAAGGGGGGGAGCCAAAAAAGAGUGACCCUUCACCUCAUCUCCAUCAGCCGUCCCUCUCCUCUUCCUGUUCAUCGUCAUCAUCAUCAUCUUCGUCAGCUAGAGAAGAUGGCAGUGGAAAACAGUCCCUACAUAAUCAAGUCACACCACAGCAUGAGCAUGAUACUGGAUCCACUCAUGCUUCAGGAAGGAAACAAGAGAAGAUGGGAAAUGCACAUAAUCAGCCCCCACAGCAUUCUGUGCAGCAGCAUCACCCUAAAGCCAACCCUCGCAGUCGGGAGCACAAAACUGAGACGCACUGGGGCCCGAGGCCUGGUAGCAGUAGCAUGAGCGGGGGCUCAACCCAUAACAGAAAGGCAGGCUCUGGAAUGAGUGGAAAUACUGAAGAAUCUGCUAAUCAGGGGUCUGAGAACAAAUGCUUUACUCAAUCAGAUGGCAUCACAGUCAAGCGGGCAGGUCCUAUUAAGAGACCAGUGCUUAAAGAGAUGAAAAGAGAGGGUGGUGAAGGAGGAGGAGAAAAGACCACUGGAGGCUCUGGUAAAGAUAAAGAACAAGAUGCUAGCCAGACCACAACCAAACAAGAGCCAGCCUCUGGGGCUCAAGUGUCCUCAGCACCCAGUGGGAAAGAUGAUGCAGUCUCAUCGAAUAAACCCAGAACUGGUGGAAAGGAGCGAGGUAACACUGGGGGUACAGGUAAAGGAUCCAAAAAUGGAGAAAGCUCCAUUCAGAAUUCUGGCUAUUCAGCUUCUCAGUCCAGGAGGGAAAGAGAGCUUUCUUCUGAAAGAGGAAGCACAACUUACCAUGCAUCCUCAUCCAGAGGUAGCCGAUCCAACCGUGGCCGAGGAGAGUUCUUCGGCCGAGGCCGAGGCUAUAGGGGUACUUACACUGGCAGUGCAGGUGGUGGUAGCCGUGGGAAAGCAGGUGGCAGGAGCAGCAAGGACUAUAGGUCAGCUGCCAACAGUGGCUACCACCAUGCACCUUCUAAUCAAGACUACAAGCGGGAGGCCUCAUCUGGCAGUGGUAGGCAUGGACAUGGGGGCUCUCAGCCAAAUCCGGGACGUGCUAGGAAUCGAAGUGAAACUCGAAGUGAAGGGUCUGAAUAUGAAGAGGUGCCAAAGAGGAGGAGACAACGGGGAUCUGAAACAGGCAGCGAGAGUGCUGGCAGUGACCUUGCUCACUCUGACAAGGAAGACCGCAAGCUGAACACCAAGACUGGCACUGGAGGAGAGAACCCUACAACAGGCCCUUCAUCAUCUUCAGCUCCGAUCAGGAACUCCCAGACAAGAGUGUUCACUCCAAGGGGAGUGCCAUCAAGACGUGGCAGGGGUGGAGGUGGUGCUGGAGGGGGUCUCCAUAGAAGUGGAGGUACUGCUGGAGUGUCUGGUGGACAUAGAUCUGGACCUGGCUCUGCUUCUCAUGGCUGGUCUGCAAAAUCUGCUACUGUGCGAAAGCAACAGACAUCCUCACAGCCAUCCCCUCCUAAAGAUUCAGGCCGUGGAAUGAAUGGUGACAAGAAGAAAGCUGCAGACCUGAAUCAGUCUCAGAGUCAAAGUACAAAUUCCUCCACACCUAAUCCCUCUGUGCCCACAGCUAUCCAACAGGGGUCCACUGAGAAUGGAAGUGUUGGAGCCCCUCUGCCCUCAAGUAAUGUUCCUUUAAAUUCCACUGGCGCUCCUACCCAGACUCUUCCUCUGUCUACCCCCGAUGGACGAAGUUUCCCUAACAGGGGAUUUGAGCGGCCUCCUCGUCGUAGGCGCCACGGACGAUCCCAGCAUCAGCAGGACAAGCCUCCCAGGUUCCGCAGACUUAAGCAAGAGCGAGAGAAUGCAGCCCGUAUAAAUGGAAGCAGUGGAAUUGAAGUUGUAGCUGGACAACAGCAGCACACUGCUUCACCAUUGCAGAAUUCCCUGCAAGAAACCAACAGCACUCCCAGUGCCUCGGUCCCAGCUGUUGCAAAUGCAAACCACACUGUAUCCGCAACUUCUAACAAUAAUAAUAAUAGCAGCAACCUUGGGGGUGGAAACCAAAAUUUCAAUAGUCACCACCACCAUCACUACCAGGGCAACUCCCAGUCACACCCUCAGCACCAUCACAACCAUAACCCAGCUGGGGGUGCCAAAUCUCCCGAUGUCUCUAACCAGAACUCUGACCAGGCCAAUGAGGAAUGGGAAACUGCCUCAGAAAGCAGUGAUUUCACAGAGUUUCGAGAAAGAGAGGGUGGAGGAGGUGGUAAAUCCUAUUCUUCGCAUCAUCAUCAUCACCACCAUCACCAUCCAUCAGGAAGAGGUGGUGGAGGUGGUGGUGGUGGCGGCGGCGGCGGUGGUGGUGAGAGAGAGAUGACGGCUAAAGAAUUGGCCACUAGCAAGAGAAGCUUCUCCAGUCAGCGCCCUGGAAUGGAGAGGCAAAACAGAAGGGUGAACACCGGUGGUGGUGGUGGAGGAAGAGGCCCCAGGGGUCCGCCCGGUGCUGGCGGGGCAGUGGGUGGAGCUGGUGCUGGUGGGGGCAAUCGUGGUGAGAGGCGUGGCAACUGGCCCUCUCCUAAGAACAGGAAGUGAUGCUUUUUUGGGGGGGGGGGGAUGUUUAAAAUGCAUCUCUCUAUCUUUGGCCACUCUUUUAUGUAAAACCUCUUCCCCCUUAACAUGUUAACAGUUUAUUAUUGUAAAAGAUUAGUUACCAAGACCAUGUACACAUUCUAGAUAUUUUUGGUUUAUAGCUUUUUGUCCCUUAAUUGGAAAUUCACACUCUGUGUCCUUUCACACUCCCACAGAUCCUAAACUACUCUCGAAAUUUUACAUACUACACCCCAUUUUAAGUAUUUCCUGACUGAAAAUGUAUUCAACCACAUGACCCAUUUAUGUUUGCAUAUACAAGCACAAUAUUACAUCAACCUGACAAACAUGUGCUUAGUUUAUGUAUGCUGGGCACAUUUCAUAUAUUUAUGUAAGAACUGUGGCUUGAAGUAUAUAUGAAAGGCUAAGGUUGAUAUUAUGUACUUGUGUAUUCACAUCACAUGUUGGAUUUUGGAAGUUGCUCUUUUAAUGAGAACAAAUGUAUCAUAGAUUUCUUUUUCCCCUUUUUGUGUUUUGAAUUUCUCUGUUAAUUUUCCAUUUCAACCUCUCUUUAAAGGUGAGGAUAUAUCUUUUUCUUCUGCAAAGCAGGUCAUUAAAAUGUAUUUUUAAAUAGAACCCCCUUCAUUUUUGGUUCAAUCUUGCAUACUACUAUGCUUGCCCCACUAAGUAUUACACCACAGCUCACUUUUUUUUUUUUUAAAGAAUAUCACUGACAUGCCCACUUUUUUCAGAACUACAUGGUGUAUUUUUCUUUGUUAAAGUCAUAGGUCUUCUCUGCUCAUUGCUUUGGGUUUUCAAAUAGUUUCAUUAGCGGUUUUGGCCUCGGCAUGGAAUUGUAGUCUAUUAGUGCACAUUAUACAUGUUUAUAUUGUUGGACAGUGAUCUUAAAUGAAGGUCCUUCAAAAGUUCCUCUUCAUGGAUCACAUUGUUUUAAGGCCGUUUCUGUUGUGAGCAAAUCAAAUGACUCUUAGCCUUAGUGUCAGAUCCUCAUUAAUUUAGAAAUUUUUUGUUGAGAACAUACAUUACAGAUUUUCUUUUGUCUUGCACUUAUGUUAAGCCAGUAAACUCCAAAACUCUCCUUUAGAUUAUAGAUAGUUUAUUGUUUUUGUCUUUCUUUCUCCAAAUUAUUAGCUGUAUAUUGGGCAUCUUAUUUGACUAGAUGUCAUACUGCAGUUCCAGGUUAUUGAACAUGAAAAGUAUUGUGCUAUUGUUAUAUUCACUUACCAGUGUAGAGGUCACGCUUUGACCUGCAUUGUAAAUGCCCUCUUUUUUUUCUUUUUUUUUUUUUCUUUCUUUUUUAAAAAGAAAAGAAACAUACACAAGCUCUUCCUCGUGUGUAUUCCCAAAGUCCCCCAAAACAUGUAUCAAACAUGAGCAAAUGUCUUGCUCACAUCCUCGGACUGAUCUUCAAUUUACCAGUCAUCUCAUUGAGACACAAGUCAAUGCCAAGGAGUCUGUGGCCCUUUUUUUGAGUAGUGUUACAAAAAAAAAGAAAAGAAAAAGACAUUGGUUCAAUGUGCAAUAUGCCUGACGUCAAACAAAACCUGCCCAUCCAGGGAGCCUGAGCCCAGGUUAACAAGAAACCACAAAUGCUUGACGUCUAAAUAGAAACGGAUCAAAGCAUUGUUCCCUCCUCGUUUUGACCAGCAUCUCUAUCCUAAUGGUGUAAGUUGGGGUUUGUUUGUUUUCUGGGAAUGCCUUGGUCUAAUGAAUAGCUUUGAAAUAAUAUGUAGGGCUUUUGAAUGAAAUGUAUGUGUGAGUAGGGCAUUUAAAAAGUGUGUGUGAAUUUAUAUCUGAUCUCUACAUGUAAUGUGCUUUUUUGAGGCUAGAACACUUUGUGAAAGGCGAACAUGAGUCCCAAUUGCCCACUUUUUCUGACACUAUUAGGAUGUUUAUUUUAUCUAGGAUAUUUUCAUUAUAUACAUUCAAGUGUGUGUAUAUGUUAAUCCAAAUGAAGUGCAGUGGAAAAAAAGUUAAAUCAAUAUAUAUAUAUUUUUCCUAUCUACUAAGGGAAAAUAACUAAAAUGGGUUUAUUUUACUUUUCUUGCAGACAUUUUACCAAGCAUGGUUUCGUCCUCAGAUGCAGCUUGGUCUGUAUUCGUUGGAAGCCAUUCUCUCAUAGGCUUUCAGUGCUGUUUAUCAUCCCUCUUAAACUUAAUCCAUUGAUGUGGUCACAUUAUAUGUACCAAUAUUUGAAUAAAAAUGAAUAGAAAUGUGUAUUCCUUGAAAUACUCAGAGAUUGUAUUAUACUUCUAACUAUACCAAGGUACCUGAAGUUGUUACUGCUGUCCUAGCAUCUAUGGCUUAUUAUUGGAACCUUGAUAUACACACAUGUAGGUAUAUUGGUAUGCAUCUGAGUUUGUCUGCCCCAACUUACAUUCCCACACACAGUUGUUGCCAUUUUUAAGUUCAAGGGAGCAAUGUACAAGCAGAGAAGUGUCUUAUUAUAAUAAAAAGUAUACAGAGAAAACGUUAAAUAAAAAUCUUUUGUUUUAAUGGAA